CUAUCCUGUGUGUAAGUCGAUUGUUUUGCUGAAACGUCAGUAAGCAGAGAUAUUAAACACAUUUGUAAAGUAUUCGCGGAGAAUUUAGAAAUCAGUUCGUGGUUGUGGUUUGUGGAAAUGUGCAGGUUCCGAACACCCAAUUUUUUUGUAAAUAUGGGAAUAACACAAUGAUUUGAUAUAUAUUUAAAGGGAUGAGCAGUCUACAAAAGUUGAUUCCAGGAUGUCGUCGCGAGUAUUAAGAAAGUUACGUGGUGAAGAGAACUUUGAAGAACCAGCUGCAAACAGCGAAACAGAACUUGAUGUGACUGUUGGAGGAGGGGCGAAAAGGAAAGAUUUCAAUGUAAAUCCAUAUGAUUUAUUAAUCCAGCAGAGUCAUUCAGAAUCAGAAGUUAAAGAGGAUGACAAUGAAACUGAGACAACAUUAGCUGCUGAAGGCACUCAAGAUGAAAAUGUCUUUGUCAAACGGAAGAAAAAGAAGAAGAAAAAGAAAGCUACAAAACCAGUUUUCACAAAUAAUCGUAAAAGCAGUGAUGAUAAUAUUGAGGUUUUAGUUGAAGAGCUUAUGCCAGGAGAAAAUACUGAUAUUGUUAGUGUCACAAACAAAGACGGAAAAAGUGAGCAGAUAAGACCAUUGCUGGAGGUUAGACGGAAAAAUUUGAAUCCGAACAAUGAACUGAAAAGGAUAUUUGGAUCCCGGAUAAUUCAGAAUGAAACCAGGAGGAGAGGUCAUGGGCGAACGUAUAUAAAACAGCCAUUGUUAAUUAAGCCGAGAGAAAACUGGUUGCCUAUUACUAAAACAGGUAUAUCAAUGCGUGUGGUUUCUUCUCCAACAUUUACAUAUGAACAUAAUGCAAAUUAUCGGCAGGUGCAGAAGAAGUUUCUGGAAGCUGUUGAUAGCCUGAAUCCAGAUAACAUUGUGUCAAUUAUCAAUGACCAUCCCUACCAUGUGGAUGCACUCAUCCAAUUGUCGGAUUUGUGUAAACUGAGUGAAGACUUACAGAUGGCUGCAGAACUGAAUGAACGAGCAUUAUAUUGCUUGGAAAGCGCCUUUCAUCCAACGUUCAACAUUAUCACAGGCAACUGUCAUUUAGAUUACAGGCGACAGGAGAACAGGGCACUAUUCAUCACUAUUUUUAAGCACUUGAUGUUUGUAGGCCAACGUGCAUGUUACCGAACUGCACUGGAAUUGUGCAAAGUUCUGCUUUCACUCAACUUUGCAGAUGAUCCGUUGGCUGUUGUGUUGUGCAUAGAUUUCUAUGCAUUACGAUCACAGAAGUAUGCAUGGCUUGUUGCUGCUGCUGAGGAAUGGGAAGCAACACGGAAUGUUUCACAAUUACCAAAUUUUGCAUAUUCACAUGCUCUGGCCCUUUACCACCUGGCAGAAACAAAUCAGUGUGAACCAGAUGCUUCAGAUAUACAAAUUCAAAAGGCUCUCAUAAUGUUUCCUGGUGUGCUGAUGCCUUUGUUGGAAAAAUGUUCAGUGCAGCCAGAUCCAAGGGUAAUAAGGCAUAACUUUUUCACCUCACAGGCUGAAAACAGUCAAACUCAGCCACUGCAACAAUUGGUUCAGUUGUAUGUCUCAAGAACAUAUCAUGAAUGGAAAGAUCCUAAAGUGAUUGCAUGGCUAGAGAAGAAUGUAAAUAUUGUGCUGGACCGUGUUGACAGUAAAGAUGCAUUUGUUCUGGACAGUGGUGAGAACAGAAAAAAGAGGUAUAUGAAAACACCAAGGAAUGUGCUUCGUCACAUUGUGCUGUCAGAUCUCAAAGAUGUUUCAGGAGCACUGCCAUCUGAUGUUCAAGGUCCAGUCCUGAGCUUUGAUCCAUUUCCACCACUAGACUCCAUUGAUAUCUACACAAGGCCACAGCGUUUGAGAUCUGCAUAUGAACGUUCAAACGCAUUUUCAAUGUUUUUUCGCUCUUUGAUGCCAAACUUCAACUUAAACCAACCAGCUGCAGCAGCUGUUGUUGCAGAACGUGUGGAAAAUGAAGCAGCUGAAGCAGAUGCCGAUGCAGGGGCAGGAGGAGCAGCUGCAGCUGGGGUAGAACUUCGCAUCAGUGUAACAACAUUGUUAGAUGCAAUGCGAGACUUGUUGUCAAAUAUUUACACAUCGGAUGUGGUGCAUGGUGACCACUAUUUGGACAACAAUGAAGAAGAAGAAGAUGAUGAUGAUGAUGGGGAAGAUGAGGAUUACUAUGAUGAUGAUACUGACAAUGAUUGAGGUUAAUUAAUAUGUAGUUACUGUUCUGUCAAAUACCUUAAAACCUGAUGCACAUAAAAUGUCAAGACAUCAGAAAAACAAAAUUUUUAUUAUUGUCUGUGCCACUUCAUUUAUGAUCAAAGGAAACUAAGCCCAAGAUAACAUGCGUUGUGUGUGAUAUAAUAUGAUCAAAGUGUGGAGUUCCACUUAAUUUGUAAAUACAGUCUUGUUAUUGUUGA